UUUCAGAACUGACUCAGAACUGCAAGAACAUGGCCGGGAGAAGGGUGAUUGGUCUCAGUUUUGGAAUACUCUUACUUGCGGUGCUGGCGACUGCUGGCCAGGAUCGGCUGAGCAUGCUCUGCUCCGACGACGACACUCCUGCCUGCGCCCGGAGUCGUGAGAAUGGAAUGUACUUCUUAUUUGCCAACGAGUGUGACCUGCGGAAGGCCCAGCGGGGCAACCUCAUGAGCGGCCCUCUAUAUGACGUUACCCUCCGCUUCUGCUUUCCCAGCUGCGAGUUCGAGUGCAGCUCCAGAUAUCAGCCAGUUUGUGGGAUCAGCUCGCGGACGGGGGAACGGAGGACCUUCGGGAGUCGCUGCAUGAUGCUGCGCGCCGCUUGCAUCUCCCGCUCGGAUUGGAUGGUCCACCGCUGGGGAGUGUGUCCCAAGGCCAACACGGUGCCCCGGGGCAGUCAAAAGCCGGCUAUGCCUGUGCCCUGCACCAGGGUCUAUCGACCUGUGUGCGCCAUGUACGCGGGGGUCAAGUCCACCUUCUCCAACGAGUGCCUGGUGAACGCGGAGAACAUCAAGACCCAGAGAAACUGGCACAUCGUUUCCGAGGGCCUUUGUGGCGAGGACAGCACCAAGAUGAAGCACAGUCGCAAGCAGAAGCCGAAGGCCAAGCCCAAGUCGGAUGCGGAGCGCACCAAGCGGAGCCACAGAGGCAGCAGGUUGUCCACUCAGGCGGAAGACUUCCAGAUACCGGAGGACGCCGUGGAGAUCUACGCUCCCUCGACCUUUCACACGCAGUUCAUCAGCCAGUCGGGCGCCAUGGAGAAGAGCUACUCGCUGCCCGCCAGGAAGCCCUACGUGGUGGUCCCUCCUAAAUCGAAGUCCCGAAUCUCCACGAAAUCCUGCGUUUUCGGCAAUCAGCCCGUUUGCGGGAACCUAAGGGGCCAGAGCCGCACCUUCUCCAACGUGUGUGAGCUCAUGGAGUUCAGCCAAAAAGUCGGAAAUGCAUGGACCAUUUCCCAUGACGGAGCCUGCCGCCGCUGCGAUAAGACUUGCCCCACAGUGUAUCAACCUAUAUGUGCCACCCGGAAUGGCAUCAACCACACCAUCGUCAACGAGUGCUAUUUGGAACGAGUGCGCUGCAAGGAUCCCAAAAGCACUUGGAAGCUAUCCCACCAUGGUGAGUGCGCCAAGCCAGUCGGCAGAACACCAAAUGUGUAUUCCACUGUUAAACGCCGCCCAACGUCUUUGGUGCCAAGUGUUUUGUAUGGGAAAAGUACCACCACACCAAGGAACCGCUUCAGGAAACCAGAGCGUAGCUCCACAACCGCAAGGACUCCAACCCCAACAUCCCGGCGACGGCUCCUGGCGAAGACAGACGGACAGACGGCCACUUCGCCUUCCCUGGAAGCCAAUAAUCGCAAAAUACGCAAAAUUGAGCUAGCCGCUGAAAGAUUCGCGGAUUUCAGUGCGUCAGGCGGUUCAAAUUACCUGAGCUCUAUGGAAAAUGCUUCCUGGUCCUCAAACGACAAUUGGCUGGUGCGCAAAACUCUCGAAAAUGUCAAGGGCUUGUUUGGCAAGAAGCCCACUUCCUUUAAGAAGGCGCAUGCUGAGAAGUUCCCACUGUCCUAUUGGAUUGUCCCACCAAGGCAAGCCAGUGCUACCAGCACCACCGCAGCUGCACCACCAGCUGCACCACCAGCUGCACCACCAGCUAAACUACCAGCUAUUCUCAGCAUGGCCUCCACGGAGCUACUGAAUUUUGAUUUGGGAGACACUGCCAGCGCUCACGAAGAAGAUGAGCACGAACUGAUGCCUAUGCUGACCACCAAAUCGGGCACCACCUCAACCACACCGGAGUCCAGCACCAAUGCAGCGCCCCACAGCAGCGAUCCUUCAACCACUGACCUGCCCACCAGCGUUGACAUUGCCUCCUCCUCGGCGGAAACGGCCACUGAAGAUUCCACCACCGAUUUCGAAGAAACGACUGACCCAACGGGCUUAACUGCCAGCCACCCUUCCAGCACCUCAGCUGCACCACAAUCUUCGACCACCGAGGCCGACGAGUUUAACAGCCAAACCACGGGGAUUGAGUCCACAACUACCGCGGCCUCCGACGAGCUGUCCACGAGCACUUUGAAUGCUGACUACGCGGCGGAUGAGUCCUUUUCCGAGUCCAGUGGCCAGACCUCCAUCUAUGGGCUCGACAAGAACUCCUUGAUCAUGAGGUUGCUCCGCGCCCGAAGCAGCCAAAAUGUGCUCAUCUAGUUAGGUACCUCUGUUAAACAUAAAUUUAAGUUGUUAACUGCUUACGUUCCCUAUAAAUACAAGACUUAUAUAU